CAUCUAUGUCCAGCGUUGGCGAUUCCUUCCUUAUUCCAUCGCCUCCGCUCUCUCUAUCUCUCUCUUCGCCCAUCAGAAAUCAGAAGUCUCUAGUCCCCCAACCUUCCCUUCACCUGGCAUUUACUCGGCGGUCUCCUGCGUUUGCGUUCUGUUCUCUCUUUUUCUGGGUUUAGCACUCUAUUUCUUUCAUCUCAAGCUUUUCGCCCCUAUUGAUUGCCUUUUAUCCCGAUUCUGGGAGAGGGGUUUCCGUUUUGUGUCUUUAAUAUCCCACCUGCCCCAAUUUACUCCCUCGGAUCUAUCGGGCGGGCCGCAAGUUUUCUUGGGCGAUACGCGAAAGCUGAUGCUUAUUUGAAAGCAUCUGAAGGAUAACAGUGAUAAGUUAGGAUACAGUUACAACAAGUAAUAUCAAUUGAGAUACAACAACGUAUCUGAUUUAACUGGCAAUGGUGACCGUUCCAAAGGAGACUGUUAUGGCGAUUGAGGCCUACCGUAGUCAGGCUAAGGUGCUGGUUAAGAGUUACUUAUUUGCAGAUCCUUUUGUUCCAUACACCUCUGUCCUUGGCGGAGUAAUUGCUUGCAAAGUGGUCUAUGAUCUAACUCAGUUAAUUAGCACCUUUUACAUCAAGGCGUACACUGGGCUUACGAAAAUACAAAGAAUUGAAUGGAACAAUCGGGGGAUGUCUUCAUUGCACGCCAUCUUUAUAACAGCUUUGUCGUUGUACUUUGUAUUCUGGUCUGAUCUUUUUUCAGACAAAGUGCAUACUGGUUAUGUCACUCUACGAAGCUCACCUUUAUCCAUAUUUGGACUGGCAGUUUCUGUUGGAUACUUCCUUGCAGAUCUUGGGAUGAUUAUUUGGCUUUAUCCAUCUUUAGGUGGAAUGGAAUAUGUUGUUCAUCACUGUCUUUCUGCAAUAGCGGUUGCAUAUUCUAUGUUAUCCGGAGAAGGGCAGCUGUAUACAUAUAUGUGCCUCAUCUCUGAAGUGACCACGCCAGAAAUAAACAUGAGAUGGUAUCUGGACAUAUCAGGUAUGAAGCGGUCAACUGCUUAUCUUGUAAAUGGUGUUCUGAUCUUCCUCUUUUGGUUGAUUGCCAGAGUGCUGCUCUUCUUUUACAUCUUCUACCACAUCAACAUGCACUUCGAUCAGGUUCUCCAGAUGAGAUGGUUUGGAUGCCUGGUGGUUGUGAUGGUGCCAUCAACAUUGUUUAUAAUGAACUUGAUGUGGUUUUCCAAGAUCAUCAAGGGCUUGAUGAAAACUGUAGCCAAGAGGCAGUGAGACAUACACAGAGACAGAGACGGUAUAUAGUUCCAUCAUCAUCGUCGUCGUGGUCAUAGUCAUUUGUAUGUGUGCAGGCACAGACUAGAGGUAUUUUACAGAGGGUAUAAACGAUGGUUAUCGGGGGUAAUUAGGUUUACAUCAAAUUAGAAACGGGGUGGGGAUUGGAAAUGGGUGGUUGUAUAUGAUGUAUGAUUCAACAAAUGUCUUUUUUCCUUUGUUCCUUCCUUCCUACCUCUUCUUGGGCUAAUUACCCUUUACACAGUUGCACACGCGACGUUUCCUUCUACCCCAAUCUGUAUUCUGGAGUUUUGAGUUGAGAGGGGGAAAAUGGCGCAAAUUUGUUGGGGGUUUGCCGCAACGUUGUUACAUGGUUUCUAACCUUUCUGAUGAUCCGAGCUCAAGAGUUUGUCGAAUGUUCGUAGGACGGCGUAGUUUUGGACGUGUUCGUUAAGGUGACGCAUCAUCACAAAACAAAACGUUUUUUCUGACAAUGAAUGUUGGUGUAAAAUCACUUAAGUACGCUAACGAUGUUUCCCUGAAAAUUUCGAGUCGGUGAAAAUUCUCCCAAUUUAUGG